GGAGAAAGCCGGGACUACCUGAAAUUGGAGAAGUCAAUGUUCAUACCGCUGGGGUGUAAACUGCCCAAGUGAAAUACGAGGUGCUGCUCCUCCAAUUUACGGUGGGCCUCACUCUGGCCAUGGAGGAGGCCCAGGACAGAAAGGUCGGAUUCGGAAUGGGAAGGGGAGGGGGAGUUGAAGUGCUGAGCCACCGGGAGAUCAGGUUGGUAAUUGCGAACCGAGCAGAGGUGUUGGGCGAAGCGAUCGCCAAGCCUACGCUUGGUCUCACCGAUGUAGAGCAGUUGACACCUAGAGCAGCGGAUGCAAUAGAUGAGGUUGGAGGAGGUGCAGGUGAACCUCUGUCGUACCUGGAAAGUCUGCUUGGGUCCUUGAAUUGAGUCAAGGGGGGGAGGUAAAGCGACAAGUGUAGUAUUUCCUUCGGUUGCAAGGGAAAGCGCCAGGAGAGGGGGUGGUUUAAGUGGGAAGGGACAAAUUGACCAGGGAGUGACGGAGAGAGCGGUCUCUGCGGAAAGACGAUGGGGGAGGAGGUAGGAAGAUGUGGUCAGUGGUGUGAUCCUGUUGGAGGUGGUGAAAAUGUUGGAGGAUUAUUUGUUGAAUGUGACGGCUGGUAGGGUGGAAGGUGAGGACAAGGGGGACUCUGCCCUUGUUACGAGUGGGAGGAUGAGGAGUGAGAGCAGAGUUACGGGGUAUAGAAGAGACCCUGGUGAGAGCCUCAUCUAUAGUAGAAGAAUGAGGGCUUCCCUGAAGAAUGAGGACUUCUCUGGCACAGAAGGCAGUGGAGGCCAAUUCACUGGAUGUUUUCAAGAGAGUUAGAUUUAGCUCUUAGGUCUAAAGGAAUCAAGGGAUAUGGGGGGAAAAGCUGGAACAGGGUAUUUGGAUGAUCAGCCAUGAUCAUACUGAAUGGCGGUGCUGGCUCGAUGGGCCGAACGGCCUCCUCCUGCACCUAUUUUCUAUGUUAGGCUUUUUUGGGUGAAGUUUCAGGUAAAUGAAAAGCUUGGCUGUUUUGGCCAGUGCGUGGAGUUGGAGCAGGUCAGCUCUGCCCGUCCUGCCUCUCUGACUGACGUCUACGAGCGCGGCCCCACCUUCUCUUUGGACUAAACUUUCUUCCUUCUUCUGCCGCUGAGUGCAGGUCGGUGCUCAGACGCAACUCGGAGUGUGUUUAUUUGCCCUUCGUUUGAGUGAUUAUUUGAAACAAAAUACGUUUGUUCUUUACCCCCUCGCCCUCCCGCUCAGAAAAUAAGUUGACAAAAGUCGCCGCCGCCGCGAAUGAAGUUUCACGGAAGGCGAAAGGUGGAAUGAAAGUUAGUUUUGUUUCCUGGAUGAGAUGGCAUUGAGUCGGUGGAAGACCCCGUUGCUGCUGCUGGGCAGUGUCUUGCUUCAGAGCAUCAUCACUUCUGAAUGUGUUCCCAAGCCUGGAGAAAUAGUGGUGUUGGACGUUACCAACAAUUCCAUCUCUCUGGAGUGGGGUCAGCCUUCAAAUGUGACUGGCACUCAAUACAAAUUCAACAUUACUUACAAUUCUUCUGCCGAAGUAAUGACCAUAACAACAACAACAAACUCCGCUGUGUUAAACAGCUUAACGUCUGGAACCAAUUACAAUGUCAAGGUGGUGACGAUCGAUGUUAAUAAUACAGCAAGCGAUCCUGUAGUUAAAAAUAUUGUUACAGGUAAGCAAACAGGUUGGUUUGAGUUUUCAUUGAGCGUGACUGCUGAUGAAUUCAUCGUUUUUAUGAAUCUGGAACCUGGAACUGAAUACACAUUCAGCGUGUUCACUCUGGUGGCAGAAAAUACAUCAUCAGAUCCAGUCAAUAUCUCCACUGCGACAGUAAUAAAACAGUGUUUACUAGAUAAUUCAGUUAGCACUUCUAUUUUGUGCCUAUUAUGCUUAUCAUUAUCUAAUAACCUGUUUUUAACAGUUCCUUUCAAGCCAGGAGCCAUUAUAGUUACAGACGUAAGCAACAGUUCCAUCUCAUUGAGCUUAGGAAAUCCUGCAAAUAUGACCAUCAACCAAUAUAACUUCAACAUCUCAUACGGGAUAGCAAGUGAUCAAAAGAAAUCCUCAACAGAAAAUACAAAUUUCACCACAAUCCAAGAUCUGCAAUCCGGAACCAAUUACACCAUCUCUGUGACAACGGGAGAGAGGGAGUGGAGCUUAAUUGAUGAGCCAAACCCUGUGAACACUCUAGCCAUCUUAGAUCGCAAUACCACUUCAGUUACUCUGAGCUGGAACCAACCUUUCGACCACAAGCCUGAGUAUACUUAUAAGGUGGCACUGGAUGGAAAACUCAUCACAUUUGUGAAUGGUAAUGACUUCAUUACUGUGACGCACCUGAAUCCUGGAACCAAAUACAUGUUCAGUGUGUUCACAUUGUUGGCCAAUUAUACAUCAGAUCCGGUCAAUAUCUUUUCUACUACAGUUCCUUCCAAGCCAGGAACCAUUAGUGUGAUGGCCAUAAGCAACAAUUCCAUCUCCUUGAGUUUAGGGAGACCUGUGGACAUGAGCGUCACCCAGUACAAUUUCAGUAUUUCAUACAGGACAGGCAACAGUUCCGAUGUUUCUUUCAGUGAAAGUACAAAUUCCACCACAAUCCAAGAUCUUCAGUCUGGAACCAAUUAUACCAUCUUUGUGACGACUGUUCAAGGUGGAGUGAAGAGUGAAGCCGUGGUUCUAAACCAGUUUACACGAAUCUUUGGCAGUGUGAAGAUCUACUGCCCAAUUGUCCUGGCCUUUGAGAAGGUGAAACUGAGGCAAACAUUGAUGCUGGAUGUGAUGACAUUAAAUAUACAUGGAGAUUUGGAAUGGAAUGGUCACUGCCUUGCUCCUGGAAAUGGAUUGGAAAGAUAUGGAUUGAUGCAACACCAGUUAUCAGAGAACAACUGUUUUGUCACAAAUCAUUGUGAGAUUGAUAUUAUUUGCAACGUCUCAUUAAUGAUUGCAGAGCCAAACCCUGUGAACGCAAUAACUGUCUUAAAUCGCAACACAACUUCAGUUACUCUAAGUUGGGAUCAGCCAUUGAACCACAAGCCAGAGAAUAUCUAUAUGGUGGCACUGAAUGGAAAUCUCUCCACUAUUUUGACUGGCAAUGAAUUUAUAACUGUUACACAACUGAAUCCUGGAACCAGAUACAUGUUCAGUGUGUUCACACUGACGGCAGAUAAUACAUCAGCAGAACCGGUCAAUGUCUCUUCUACUACAGUGAACUAUGACAUUCGCACAGACAUUUCAUUUGCUGUCUUAGUGUUUUUUGUUGCAGUCAUCAACCAUCAUUGUCCAUUUAUUUGCCUGACAGUUCCUUCCAAACCAGGAUCUGUUACCGUGACGGCCUUAAGCAACAGCACCAUCUCCUUGAGCUUCGGCAGACCUGUGGACAUGAGGGUCACCCAAUACAAUUUCAGCAUCACGUACAGGUCUGCCAGCAGUUUUAAUGUUUCCUUGACCAGAAGUACAGAUUCCACCAUAAUCCAAGAUCUUCAGGCUGGAACAAAUUACAUCAUUAAUGUAACAACUAUUGUUCAUGAUGGAGUGAAGAGUGAAGCUGUUGUUCUAAAUCAGUUUACAAGUAAGUGUAACGCAAUUUUCCUUGCGUAUUGGAUUGCUGCCUGCAUGGGAGAAGCAAGAAAGAAAGAACCAUGUUUCAAACCGAAUCCUGUGAACAAUGCAAUUGUUUCAAGUCGCAACACCACUUCAGUUACUCUGGGUUGGGACAAACCGCUUGACUCCAAGCCUGAAUAUACCUAUAAGGUGACACUGAGUGGACAUCUCCCAAUUAUGAUAACUGGUAAUGAAUUUGUUACCGUGGCACAACUAAAUCCUGGAACUGUAUACACAUUCAGUGUGUUCACACUGGCAGCAGAUAAUACAUCAGCAGAUCCAGUCUAUGUCUCCUCUACUACAGUUCCUUCCAAGCCUGGAGCCAUUACCGUGAUGGCCUUAAGCAACGUUUCCAUCUCCUUGAGCUUAGGGAGACCCGUGGACAUGGGGGUCACCCAGUACAACUUCAGCAUCAUAUACGGGUCUGCCAGCAGUUCUGAUGUUUCCUUCAAUGAAAUUACAAAUUCCACCAAAAUCCAAGAUCUGCAGUCUGGAACUAAUUACACCAUUUCUGUGACCACUGUUGUUCAAGAUGGAGUGAAGAGUGAAGCUGUGGUUCUAAAUCAGUUUACAAGUAAGUGUGAAGCAUUUUCCCGUGUGUGCAAUGGUGCAGACCACCGUCCAGAAGCAAGAAAAAAAGAAUCUCGUUCCAGCUUCAGAUCGUUGGAUUUGGGAGAUAGAAAUGAGAUUGGUGUUAUCCUCAACAUCUCAUUAAUAAUUGCAGAACCGAAUCCUGUGAACAAUGCAAUUGUUUCAAGUCGCAACACCACUUCAGUUACUCUGAGUUGGGACAAACCGCUUGACUCCAAGCCUGAGUAUGCCUAUAAGGUGACACUGAGUGGACAUCUCCCAAUUAUGAUAACUGGUAAUGAAUUUGUUACCGUGGCACAACUAACUCCUGGAACUGUAUACACAUUCAGUGUGUUCACACUGGCAGCAGAUAAUACAUCAGCAGAUCCAGUCUAUGUCUCCUCUACUACAGUUCCUUCCAAGCCUGGAGCCAUUUCCGUGAUGGCCUUAAGCAACGUUUCCAUCUCCUUGAGCUUAGGGAGACCCGUGGACAUGGGGGUCACCCAGUACAACUUCAGCAUCAUAUACGGGUCUGCCAGCAGUUCUGAUGUUUCCUUCAAUGAAAUUACAAAUUCCACCAAAAUCCAAGAUCUGCAGUCUGGAACCAAUUACACCAUUUCUGUGACCACUGUUGUUCAAGAUGGAGUGAAGAGUGAAGCUGUGGUUCUAAAUCAGUUUACAAAACCGAAUCCUGUGAACAAUGCAAUUGUUUCAAGUCGCAACACCACUUCAGUUACUCUGAGUUGGGACAAACCGCUUGACUCCAAGCCUGAGUAUACCUAUAAGGUGACACUGAGUGGACAUCUCCCAAUUAUGAUAACUGGUAAUGAAUUCGUUACCGUGGCACAACUAACUCCUGGAACUGGAUACACAUUCAGUGUGUUCACACUGGCAGCAGAUAAUACAUCAGCAGAUCCAGUCUAUGUCUCCUCUACUACAGGUAAAUACACCAAUUGUUUUAAUAGGAGCUUCUCUCUGACCAAGGUAGACUGCUUAAUCUGCAGCAAAUCAUACAAUCAUCAUGGGAGCGAAAUGUUGCAUGUGAUUCCUGAACUUGGAAAAAGCCAACAAAUGUUUAUGGGUUAUCCUGCAACAUUUAUGAAUAAAAUAUGUAUGACAUUUAUUGUGCCGAUAUUUACUUUGUAUCAUUCUCCAACCAUCAUUAUCCAAUUAUUAUCCAAUUACUUGCUUCUGACAGUUCCUUCCAAGCCUGGAGCCAUUACCGUGAUGGCCUUAAGCAACGUUUCCAUCUCCUUGAGCUUAGGGAGACCCGUGGACAUGGGGGUCACCCAGUACAACUUCAGCAUCAUAUACGGGUCUGCCAGCAGUUCUGAUGUUUCCUUCAAUGAAAUUACAAAUUCCACCAAAAUCCAAGAUCUGCAGUCUGGAACUAAUUACACCAUUUCUGUGACCACUGUUGUUCAAGAUGGAGUGAAGAGUGAAGCUGUGGUUCUAAAUCAGUUUACAAGUAAGUGUGAAGCAUUUUCCCGUGUGUGCAAUGGUGCAGACCACCGUCCAGAAGCAAGAAAAAAAGAAUCUCGUUCCAGCUUCAGAUCGUUGGAUUUGGGAGAUAGAGUUUUUUUUGAUUUGAAGAGUGAAGCUGUGCUUCUAAAUGAGUUUACAAAACCGAAUCCUGUGAACAAUGCAAUUGCUUCAAGUCGCAACACCACUUCAGUUACUCUGAGUUGGGACAAACCGCUUGACUCCAAGCCUGAGUAUACCUAUAAAGUGACACUGAGUGGACAUCUUCCAAUUAUGAUAACUGGUAAUGAAUUUGUUACUGUGGCACAACUAAAUCCUGGAACUGGAUACACAUUCAGUGUGUUCACACUGGCAGCAGAUAAUACAUCAGCAGAUCCAGUCUAUGUCUCCUCUACUACAGUUCCUUCCAAGCCUGGAGCCAUUUCCGUGAUGGCCUUAAGCAACGUUUCCAUCUCCUUGAGCUUAGGGAGACCCGUGGACAUGGGGGUCACCCAGUACAACUUCAGCAUCAUAUACGGGUCUGCCACCAGUUCUGAUGUUUCCUUCAAUGAAAUUACAAAUUCCACCAUAAUCCAAGAUCUGCAGUCUGGAACCAAUUACACCAUUUCUGUGACCACUGUUGUUCAAGAUGGAGUGAAGAGUGAAGCUGUGGUUCUAAAUCAGUUUACAAAACCGAAUCCUGUGAACAAUGCAAUUGUUUCAAGUCGCAACACCACUUCAGUUACUCUGAGUUGGGACAAACCGCUUGACUCCAAGCCUGAAUAUACCUAUAAGGUGACACUGAGUGGACAUCUCCCAAUUAUGAUAACUGGUAAUGAAUUCGUUACCGUGGCACAACUAACUCCUGGAACUGUAUACACAUUCAGUGUGUUCACACUGGCAGCAGAUAAUACAUCAGCAGAUCCAGUCUAUGUCUCCUCUACUACAGGUAAAUACACCAAUUGUUUUAAUAGGAGCUUCUCUCUGACCAAGGUAGACUGCUUAAUCUGCAGCAAAUCAUACAAUCAUGAAAUCAUAUUCUAUGUCGCUCUUCCAGGGAGAUGCUAACUGCAUUUCGUUGUCCCUGGAGCCAUUACCGUGAUGGCCUUAAGCAACGUUUCCAUCUCCUUGAGCUUAGGGAGACCCGUGGACAUGGGGGUCACCCAGUACAACUUCAGCAUCAUAUACGGGUCUGUCAGCAGUUCUGAUGUUUCCUUCAAUGAAAUUACAAAUUCCACCAAAAUCCAAGAUCUGCAGUCUGGAACUAAUUACACCAUUUCUGUGACCACUGUUGUUCAAGAUGGAGUGAAGAGUGAAGCUGUGGUUCUAAAUCAGUUUACAAAACCGAAUCCUGUGAACAAUGCAAUUGCUUCAAGUCGCAACACCACUUCAGUUACUCUGAGUUGGGACAAACCGCUUGACUCCAAGCCUGAGUAUACCUAUAAAGUGACACUGAGUGGACAUCUUCCAAUUAUGAUAACUGGUAAUGAAUUUGUUACUGUGGCACAACUAAAUCCUGGAACUGGAUACACAUUCAGUGUGUUCACACUGGCAGCAGAUAAUACAUCAGCAGAUCCAGUCUAUGUCUCCUCUACUACAGUUCCUUCCAAGCCUGGAGCCAUUUCCGUGAUGGCCUUAAGCAACGUUUCCAUCUCCUUGAGCUUAGGGAGACCCGUGGACAUGGGGGUCACCCAGUACAACUUCAGCAUCAUAUACGGGUCUGCCACCAGUUCUGAUGUUUCCUUCAAUGAAAUUACAAAUUCCACCAUAAUCCAAGAUCUGCAGUCUGGAACCAAUUACACCAUUUCUGUGACCACUGUUGUUCAAGAUGGAGUGAAGAGUGAAGCUGUGGUUCUAAAUCAGUUUACAAAACCGAAUCCUGUGAACAAUGCAAUUGUUUCAAGUCGCAACACCACUUCAGUUACUCUGAGUUGGGACAAACCGCUUGACUCCAAGCCUGAAUAUACCUAUAAGGUGACACUGAGUGGACAUCUCCCAAUUAUGAUAACUGGUAAUGAAUUCGUUACCGUGGCACAACUAACUCCUGGAACUGUAUACACAUUCAGUGUGUUCACACUGGCAGCAGAUAAUACAUCAGCAGAUCCAGUCUAUGUCUCCUCUACUACAGUUCCUUCCAAGCCUGGAGCCAUUACCGUGAUGGCCUUAAGCAACGUUUCCAUCUCCUUGAGCUUAGGGAGACCCGUGGACAUGGGGGUCACCCAGUACAACUUCAGCAUCAUAUACGGGUCUGUCAGCAGUUCUGAUGUUUCCUUCAAUGAAAUUACAAAUUCCACCAAAAUCCAAGAUCUGCAGUCUGGAACUAAUUACACCAUUUCUGUGACCACUGUUGUUCAAGAUGGAGUGAAGAGUGAAGCUGUGCAGAAUGAGAUUGGUGUUAUCCUCAACAUCUCAUUAAUAAUUGCAGAACCGAAUCCUGUGAACAAUGCAAUUGCUUCAAGUCGCAACACCACUUCAGUUACUCUGAGUUGGGACAAACCGCUUGACUCCAAGCCUGAGUAUACCUAUAAAGUGACACUGAGUGGACAUCUUCCAAUUAUGAUAACUGGUAAUGAAUUUGUUACUGUGGCACAACUAAAUCCUGGAACUGGAUACACAUUCAGUGUGUUCACACUGGCAGCAGAUAAUACAUCAGCAGAUCCAGUCUAUGUCUCCUCUACUACAGUUCCUUCCAAGCCUGGAGCCAUUUCCGUGAUGGCCUUAAGCAACGUUUCCAUCUCCUUGAGCUUAGGGAGACCCGUGGACAUGGGGGUCACCCAGUACAACUUCAGCAUCAUAUACGGGUCUGCCACCAGUUCUGAUGUUUCCUUCAAUGAAAUUACAAAUUCCACCAAAAUCCAAGAUCUGCAGUCUGGAACCAAUUACACCAUUUCUGUGACCACUGUUGUUCAAGAUGGAGUGAAGAGUGAAGCUGUGGUUCUAAAUCAGUUUACAAAACCGAAUCCUGUGAACAAUGCAAUUGUUUCAAGUCGCAACACCACUUCAGUUACUCUGAGUUGGGACAAACCGCUUGACUCCAAGCCUGAAUAUACCUAUAAGGUGACACUGAGUGGACAUCUCCCAAUUAUGAUAACUGGUAAUGAAUUUGUUACCGUGGCACAACUAACUCCUGGAACUGUAUACACAUUCAGUGUGUUCACACUGGCAGCAGAUAAUACAUCAGCAGAUCCAGUCUAUGUCUCCUCUACUACAGUUCCUUCCAAGCCUGGAGCCAUUUCCGUGAUGGCCUUAAGCAACGUUUCCAUCUCCUUGAGCUUAGGGAGACCCGUGGACAUGGGGGUCACCCAGUACAACUUCAGCAUCAUAUACGGGUCUGCCAGCAGUUCUGAUGUUUCCUUCAAUGAAAUUACAAAUUCCACCAAAAUCCAUGAUCUGCAGUCUGGAACUAAUUACACCAUUUCUGUGACCACUGUUGUUCAAGAUGGAGUGAAGAGUGAAGCUGUGGUUCUAAAUCAGUUUACAAGUAAGUGUGAAGCAUUUUCCCGUGUGUGCAAUGGUGCAGACCACCGUCCAGAAGCAAGAAAAAAAGAAUCUCGUUCCAGCUACAGAUCAUUGGAUUUGGGAAAUGAGAUUGGUGUUAUCCUCAACAUCUCAUUAAUAAUUGCAGAACCGAAUCCUGUGAACAAUGCAAUUGCUUCAAGUCGCAACACCACAUCAGUUACUCUGAGUUGGGACAAACCGCUUGACUCCAAGCCUGAGUAUACCUAUAAGGUGACACUGAAUGGACAUCUUCCAAUUAUGAUAACUGGUAAUGAAUUUGUUACUGUGGCACAACUAAAUCCUGGAACUGGAUACACAUUCAGUGUGUUCACACUGGCAGCAGAUAAUACAUCAGCAGAUCCAGUCUAUGUCUCCUCUACUACAGUUCCUUCCAAGCCUGGAGCCAUUUCCGUGAUGGCCUUAAGCAACGUUUCCAUCUCCUUGAGCUUAGGGAGACCCGUGGACAUGGGGGUCACCCAGUACAACUUCAGCAUCAUAUACGGGUCUGCCACCAGUUCUGAUGUUUCCUUCAAUGAAAUUACAAAUUCCACCAAAAUCCAAGAUCUGCAGUCUGGAACUAAUUACACCAUUUCUGUGACAACUGUUGUUCAAGAUGGAGUGAAGAGUGAAGCUGUGGUUCUAAAUCAGUUUACAAAACCGAAUCCUGUGAACAAUGCAAUUGUUUCAAGUCGCAACACCACUUCAGUUACUCUGAGUUGGGACAAACCGCUUGACUCCAAGCCUGAGUAUGCCUAUAAGGUGACACUGAGUGGACAUCUCCCAAUUAUGAUAACUGGUAAUGAAUUUGUUACCGUGGCACAACUAACUCCUGGAACUGUAUACACAUUCAGUGUGUUCACACUGGCAGCAGAUAAUACAUCAGCAGAUCCAGUCUAUGUCUCCUCUACUACAGUUCCUUCCAAGCCUGGAGCCAUUACCAUGAUGGCCUUAAGCAACGUUUCCAUCUCCUUGAGCUUAGGGAGACCCGUGGACAUGGGGGUCACCCAGUACAACUUCAGCAUCAUAUACGGGUCUGCCAGCAGUUCUGAUGUUUCCUUCAAUGAAAUUACAAAUUCCACCAAAAUCCAAGAUCUGCAGUCUGGAACUAAUUACACCAUUUCUGUGACCACUGUUGUUCAAGAUGGAGUGAAGAGUGAAGCUGUGGUUCUAAAUCAGUUUACAAGUAAGUGUGAAGCAUUUUCCCGUGUGUGCAAUGGUGCAGACCACCGUCCAGAAGCAAGAAAAAAAGAAUCUCGUUCCAGCUUCAGAUCGUUGGAUUUGGGAGAUAGAGUUUGUUUUGAUUGUGAUCUGCAGAAAGAACCGAAUCCUGUGAACAAUGCAAUUGUUUCAAGUCGCAACACCACUUCAGUUACUCUGAGUUGGGACAAACCGCUUGACUCCAAGCCUGAGUAUACCUAUAAGGUGACACUGAGUGGACAUCUCCCAAUUAUGAUAACUGGUAAUGAAUUCGUUACCGUGGCACAACUAACUCCUGGAACUGUAUACACAUUCAGUGUGUUCACACUGGCAGCAGAUAAUACAUCAGCAGAUCCAGUCUAUGUCUCCUCUACUACAGUUCCUUCCAAGCCUGGAGCCAUUUCUGUGAUGGCCUUAAGCAACGUUUCCAUCUCCUUGAGCUUAGGGAGACCCGUGGACAUGGGGGUCACCCAGUACAACUUCAGCAUCAUAUACGGAUCUGCCACCAGUUCUGAUGUUUCCUUCAAUGAAAUUACAAAUUCCACCAAAAUCCAAGAUCUGCAGUCUGGAACCAAUUACACCAUUUCUGUGACCACUUUUGUUCAAGAUGGAGUGAAGAGUGAAGCUGUGGUUCUAAAUCAGUUUACAAGUAAGUGUGAAGCAUUUUCCCGUGUGUGCAAUGGUGCAGACCACCGUCCAGAAGCAAGAAAAAAAGAAUCUCGUUCCAGCUACAGAUCAUUGGAUUUGGGAUAUCGCAACACCACUUCAGUUACUCUGAGUUGGGACAAACCGCUUGACUCCAAGCCUGAGUAUACCUAUAAGGUGACACUGAGUGGACAUCUCCCAAUUAUGAUAACUGGUAAUGAAUUUGUUACUGUGGCACAACUAAAUCCUGGAACUGGAUACACAUUCAGUGUGUUCACACUGGCAGCAGAUAAUACAUCAGCAGAUCCAGUCUAUGUCUCCUCUACUACAGAGCCUAAUGAAGUGCAGAAUGUGACUGUGGUGACUGUCACCACCAACUUCAUAAUCCUGCAAUGGGUGAAGCCAGUGGAUCAUAAAGAAGGAUAUCGGUACAUGAUACUGACCGAGGGAAACCCACCCCCGAUCGAUAAUUAUGGCAAUAUUACUGUAGAAUUUGAGAAUGCUACCAUAAAAAAUCUGACAUCUGGAACCAAAUACAGUUUUUCCAUUACGACAUUUGUCGCAGAUGGAACUCGAGCAAAUCCAGUAAAAGCCUUGAGCUACACAAAACCUGUACAGAUACCAGAAGCGCACAUCAACGUGAGUAGCAAUGGGACAGUGGACACAUUGUUAGUCUCCUGGAUUAAACCUUCUGGCAACGUGGAGAUGUAUUUCAUCGUUGUUGAAGACGUGAAAAUGUCAUCAAAGAAAAUCGAGAGUACCAAUAUCACGUCUACAGUAAAAUUCCCUGGUCUUCGACCUGGCCGGGUGUACAAAGUGUCGGUGAUUACAAACAGCGGUCCUUUCAAUGUAACCUCUGAAAACGUGCAGGGUAUAACAGAUCCCAAGCCUCCAGGAACGAUCAAAGUGACCAAUGUCAGCAACAAUUUCAUCUCGCUGAUGUGGGAUGCACCUUCGGAUAUGGAUGACGGAAGUUAUACCUUCAAAAUAACUUACAAAAAUGGUUCUGCUGAAAUGUUUAUGACAGUAAAUUCCAGCUCAGCAAUAAUUCCAAACCUUGUUUCUGGAACCAACUAUACCAUUUGUGUGGCCACUAUUGGACCGGGGGAAUUGCUGAGUGAAAGUGUAUCGACAUUUCAAUUCACCAAACCAAAUAUGGUGAGCAACGUACAAAUUGUUAAGGUUGACACCACCUCUGUAACUUUGAAUUGGACACAGCCAAUAGAAUAUAAAGAUAACUAUUCAUAUCUGGUAUUGACGAAAGAAAGUUUGAAAACUGCCAACACUCAAAAUGUAACUGUAAAUAUUGAAAAUGCGACUCUGACAGACCUGACCCCUGGAAUCAACUACACCUUCACAAUUAUAACACAGGUAGCCAACAUCCAGGCGGAUGGCGUAGAGAUAUCCAGCUACACGCAACCAAAUAUGGUGAGCAACGUACAAAUUGUUAAGGUUGAUACCACCUCUGUAACUUUGAAUUGGACACAACCAAUAGAAUAUGAAGAUAACUAUUCAUAUCUGGUAUUGACGAAAGAAAGUUUGAAACCUGCCAACACUCAAAAUGUAACUGUAAAUAUUGAAAAUGCGACUCUGACAGACCUGACCCCUGGAAUCAACUACACCUUCACAAUUAUAACACAGGUAGCCAACAUCCAGGCGGAUGGCGUAGAGAUAUCCAGCUACACGCAACCUGAACAGAUACCAGAAGCAAACAUCACCGUGAGUAACAAUGGAACGGUGGACACGUUGUUAGUCUCCUGGAAUGAACCACCUGGCAACGUAGAGAUGUACUUCGUUGUUGUUGAAAACGUGAUAAAUUUGGAAAAGAAAAUCGAGAGUACCAAAGUCACGUCUACGGUAGAAUUCCCUGGUCUUCGACCUGGCCGGGUGUACAAUGUCUCAGUGAUUACAAACAGCGGACCGUUUAAUGUAACCUCUGGGUAUGUGCAGGGCAUAACAGAACCAAAUAUGGUGAGCAACGUACAAAUUGUUAAGGUUGAUACCACCUCUGUAACUUUGAAUUGGACACAACCAAUAGAAUAUGAAGAUAACUAUUCAUAUCUGGUAUUGACGAAAGAAAGUUUGAAACCUGCCAACACUCAAAAUGUAACUGUAAAUAUUGAAAAUGCGACUCUGACAGACCUGACCCCUGGAAUCAACUACACCUUCACAAUUAUAACACAGGUAGCCAACAUCCAGGCGGAUGGCGUAGAGAUAUCCAGCUACACGCAACCUGAACAGAUACCAGAAGCAAACAUCACCGUGAGUAACAAUGGAACGGUGGACACGUUGUUAGUCUCCUGGAAUGAACCACCUGGCAACGUAGAGAUGUAUUUCGUUGUUGUUGAAAACGUGAUAAAUUUGAAAAAGAAAAUCGAGAGUACCAAAGUCACGUCUACGGUAGAAUUCCCUGGUCUUCGACCUGGCCGGGUGUACAAUGUCUCAGUGAUUACAAACAGCGGACCGUUUAAUGUAACCUCUGGGAAAGUGCAGGGCAUAACAGAACCAAACAUGGUGAGCAACGUACAAAUUGUUAAGGUUGAUACCACCUCUGUAACUUUGAAUUGGACACAACCAAUAGAAUAUGAAGAUAACUAUUCAUAUCUGGUAUUGACGAAAGAAAGUUUGAAACCUGCCAACACUCAAAAUGUAACUGUAAAUAUUGAAAAUGCGACUCUGACAGACCUGACCCCUGGAAUCAACUACACCUUCACAAUUAUAACACAGGUAGCCAACAUCCAGGCGGAUGGCGUAGAGAUAUCCAGCUACACGCAACCUGAACAGAUACCAGAAGCAAACAUCACCGUGAGUAACAAUGGAACGGUGGACACGUUGUUAGUCUCCUGGAAUGAACCACCUGGCAACGUAGAGAUGUACUUCGUUGUUGUUGAAGACGUGAUAAAUUUGGAAAAGAAAAUCGAGAGUACCAAUGUCACGUCUACGGUAGAAUUCCCUGGUCUUCGACCUGGCCGGGUGUACAAUGUCUCAGUGAUUACAAACAGCGGACCGUUUAAUGUAACCUCUAGGAAUGUGCAGGGCAUAACAGAACCAAAUAUGGUGAGCAACGUACAAAUUGUUAAGGUUGAUACCACCUCUGUAACUUUGAAUUGGACACAACCAAUAGAAUAUGAAGAUAACUAUUCAUAUCUGGUAUUGACGAAAGAAAGUUUGAAACCUGCCAACACUCAAAAUGUAACUGUAAAUAUUGAAAAUGCGACUCUGACAGACCUGACCCCUGGAAUCAACUACACCUUCACAAUUAUAACACAGGUAGCCAACAUCCAGGCGGAUGGCGUAGAGAUAUCCAGCUACACGCAACCUGAACAGAUACCAGAAGCAAACAUCACCGUGAGUAACAAUGGAACGGUGGACACGUUGUUAGUCUCCUGGAAUGAACCACCUGGCAACGUAGAGAUGUACUUUGUUGUUGUUGAAGACGUGAUAAAUUUGGAAAAGAAAAUCGAGAGUACCAAAGUCACGUCUACGGUAGAAUUCCCUGGUCUUCGACCUGGCCGGGUGUACAAUGUCUCAGUGAUUACAAACAGCGGACCGUUUAAUGUAACCUCUGGGAAUGUGCAGGGCAUAACAGUUCCAAACCCUCCUGGUGCUAUCAGUGUGUUGAACUUCAAUACCAGUUCUAUCUCAUUAAACUGGGGAGCACCUGCUGAUAUGGAUGAUGGAUGUUGUUCCUUCAACGUAAUCUACACCAAUGGUUCUACUACAGAGACUGUAAAUGCACCUACAAACGCCACCACAAUUCAAAACCUAAUUUCUGGGACGGAAUACACUAUUUUUGUGGCUACCGUUGGACCUGGACAACUGCUGAGUCUAAAUCAGUCGAUCAAGCACUUCACCAAGCCAAACCCCAUUCGGAACUUGCGAAUACUGAUAUUUAGUACAAGCAGCAUUACCCUAAAAUGGACAGAACCACAGGAAUAUAAAGAAGUAUACACAUAUAGAGUGGUGACAGAGGGAAACCCAGCACCCACAAAUGGCAAUGGAAAUAAAACCACAAAUGAUAACAAUGUGACUGUGGAAGGACUCACAUCUGGAACCAACUACAGCUUUUCUGUUACCACACUUGCCGAGGAUGGUACUCCAGCAGAAUCUGUCGAUAUAGCCAACUACACAGAACCUGUGAAAAUACCAUCUGAAAACAUCUCUCUGAGCAAUGAGAACAGAACUGAUACAUUAAAAGUUUCCUGGAUCCUCCCACCAGGAGGCGUUGAAAAUUUCACAGUUGAAAUAAAAGAUAGAGGAGGAUACCACAAAGCUAACACUGUGGGACAUUCAGUAACCGAACUGGUAUUCAGUGACCUACGACCUGGAAGGUUGUACAUUGUAACAGUGGCAACAAUUAGUGGGCCUCAUCAGAUAACCUCAGAUAAUGUUUCUGAAGCCACAUUACCUUCACCACCCGGAAGCAUAGAAGUGACCGAUGUCACUAAUUCAUCCCUUCAGUUUAGAUGGGAUAGACCAGAAAACAUGGAUAUAGGAGAAUACGUAUUUAUUGUUAGUUACCAAACGGCUCAAGCACCAAACAGUGAACAUUUUGCCCAAGAGGACAAUAACUCUACUAUAUCUAACCUUACCUCUGGAACCCAGUACACCAUAACUGUUCUUACCACUAUUCCUCAGAAUCUGAACAGUACCAUUAUGAGAAAAUCCAUCUACACAAAACCAAAUCCUGUCAAGAAUGUUCGUGUUUCCAAAACAAACAGCAUCUCAAUAAAUCUCACCUGGGAUCGGCCAGUUGGAUACCAGCCUGAGUACAAUUACACAGUGCAAACACAUGGAAAUACAUCUUCCGCUCAAGUGGUCAGUGAUGAAAACCUACUUGUUGAUGGCCUGAACUCGGGAGAUAACUUCACAUUCACCAUCAUCACCCUGGCAGCAGAUGGCACCCAAAGCAAUCCCGUCAGUUUGUCCCAGUGCACAGAUGCGGCUACAAUUAAUUCUUCUUCUCUGAGCUGUAAAGGAGUGAACAGCAGGCCUGUGCUUAAUCUGAUGUGGAUAUGUCCAAGUGGACUGAACACCGGCUUUACACUCCAAGCAAAACAGAGCUCUGACGUUGUAAUAAAUGGAAUCAGUGCACCGUGUAUUUCAAAUAAAGAGCAUCAAUACAACCUGAGCAAUGUUGAAUUCUCCACAACCUAUAUUGUCAGUAUCACCACCAAGUCAUGUGGUUUGCCAAGUACACCAGUCAGUAUAAACUGUAGAUCUGGCAUUGCUGCUCCUCCGCCACCUCUUAAUAAAUUAGAAUUACUAAAUCUUGAUAUAUCCCACAAUUCAGUGCGGUUCAAUAUCAGAAGAGAUGCAUUUAAUUCUACCAACGGUCCAAUUUUGACAAUUGCAGUGAUUGUUACAAAAGAUGAAAAUGAAAAUGCUCCUGAUGCCAAUGAUCUGGCAACAGCAUAUAGCAGUGGUAUAUUAACCUAUGUGGCACUAGUGAUAGACUUGCCACCUGCUCCUCAAAGUACCAGACUAGAUGCUCAGACAGAUCCCAUCUCCAUCAAUGUAGGAAAUAAUAGUAAAAGUAAGGGCUAUGUAAACCAGGAACUAACUCCUUUGACCGGUUAUCGAUUUAGUUUGGUUGGAUUUACGGAAGUACAAUAUAAUGAGGAGAAUAAAAUUGAUUCAAACAAAUCCUUAUAUUCAACAUAUGAUUAUUCGGGGAUGAUUACAUUGAAGCAAAAUCCAGGUGUCAUUAUUGGAGCUGUGGUUGGAACUAUCCUGGGUGCACUUGUCAUAAUUCUCCUGGCAAUACUGCUUAUUUGGUGGAAGAAACGAACAAAGUCGAACAACAAGAAUUUAACCCAACUUCCAAUCCCAAAUAUGAGGUACUUUUAUUGGGUACACAAACCAAGGGCUGGGGUCAUUCAACAAUUAACUCUCUCCUCCCCCCCUCCCUCCUCCCCCUCUCUCUUUUUCAACAGGGUAGCAAGAAAUGCCAUCAAUGUGGAUUACUUUGAAGGAUAUUUCAGCAAGCAACAUGCUGACUCUGAUUGCGGAUUUGCUGAAGAGUAUGAGGAACUAAAGACAGUCGGAACAUUGCAGUCAACACAAGUCUCCCAGCAACCUUUGAACAAGCCUAAGAAUCGUUACAAUAAUGUUUUGCCUUAUGAUAACAGUCGAGUUAAACUCUCUGUCACUUCAGAUCCAUCCAGUGAUUACAUCAAUGCUAAUUUCAUGCCUGGAUACCACUCGAAGAAAGAGUUCAUUGCUGCACAAGGCCCAUUGAUGAAUACAGUGAGCGAUUUCUGGAGAAUGAUUUGGGAUCAUCGUGUACCAGCUGUUGUCAUGCUUACCAAGUGUGUAGAGCAUGGAAGGGCAAAAUGUGAGCAGUACUGGCCAACUGAACGUCCACUCAUUUUUGAAGACAAGAUUGUUACUCUGACAUCAGAAGUCAUUUAUCAAGAUUGGACCAUCAGGGACUUCUCACUGGUAAAGGAUAAAUCUGGAGAGAAAAACCAUGUCAAGCAAUUCCACUUUACAGGCUGGCCUGACCAUGGCGUUCCGAGCACUACCGGGAUCCUCAUCAAGUUCAGGAACUUAGUGCGGGAUUACAUCAAUCAGCACCCAGUGAGUGGGCCUACUGUCGUGCACUGCAGUGCCGGAGUUGGUCGAACAGGAACAUUCAUUUCCAUCGACAAUAUGAUUCAGCAGAUAGACAACAACAGAAAGGUCGAUAUCUGGGGUACAGUUUACCAGCUCAGAAUGAACCGGCCACUGAUGGUGCAAACUGAGUCUCAGUAUGUUUUCCUAAACCAGUGCGCCAUGGAGUAUAUAAAAUCAAGCAAACAGCAAUCCGAAGAGGCAAUCUACGAAAACGCACCUGCCCUCAUCUAUGAGAAUACGUCUGCCAUCCGAGCUGCCCAAGCAAGCAAUGGCCACAUACUUUAAUGGAAAUGACCCUGGAGCCUCCGUUUUAAAUUUAACUCCACCUUUUUUUAAUUUAAUUUUGUAAAUUGUAAAUGGACUUUAUUUUUUAGAAAGAUUGUAUAUUCAUUUGGUAAGAUAUAUUUAGAAGUUCCUUUUAUUGCUGAAUUACUAUUUUUUCAAAUACGUAUCUAUUCUGGUACAAUAGCUGGGCAGUGCUCAGCUACUGCAGGAAAUCUUUGCCAAUUGUUCCUGAACUUCAGGAAUGCCUUCAAAUCUUUGAUAAUCUCUGCAUAAUUCAUUGCAAAUUGUGAGUCCUUUUGAGCUUUCUUCACUGAUGUUUCCUCAUUUGAGUUCAUGCUCUCGUUUCAUGACAAAUGUGACCUAUUCAAGGUAAUGCCAAUUGGUGUUUGAAGCAGUCAUUGUUUUCAAUAUUUGAGGCUUAACUACUCCUGACAUAUUCAUAAAGAAGCACUUGUAAAUAUUGUUAAAAUCCGGCACAAACUUGUUUCCAGAAAUGAUUCAUAAAAUUUGAUACUUUGAUAAGUAUCAUAAAAAAAAUCUGAAAUUAAAAAUAAAAUAUUAUGUAGGGUUAUUGCUUUCUUCAAGCUCAUGCCACAGCUUAAUUAAGAACCAUUUAUGUAGUAUUGUUGUAUAAAGUGAAGUGGAAAGGUAGCUGGUUCAUUCAGCAAACCCACCUUUGCAUGAAUGUUUAAUUCUGCUGUUUUCAAGUUCCAGAGAGAAAUGAUAUUUAGCCUGUACUGCAGUGCUGAAAUUAAGAUACAAUCAGUUUACAGGAUGUUAACCAAAACCAGACUUCUCAAACAGUGACUAUAAAGUAUGUCCUGUCAGAGAAGGCACUGCGUACUGAGCCUAUAACAGACAAAACAGUGAAAAAUGUUGGCUUAAAGAGGGGAAAAAUUAUCUUCCAUGUGAGUGUACUCACAAUACUGAAUGAUAAAUUGGAUAUCAAGUUCUUUAUGGGAUUAAAUGUUUAAGGCAAUGCAUAAUCAAAGUUUUUUUUCUGUAAUAUUGUCAUUGCUAUAAGCAGUGAGGCAUAUCCUAAUCUAGCCGAGGUUCUGUAAAGAAUCUCUCUUGAAUUGGUCAAUCUUAAGAAAUGCAGAGGUGUGGUUCUGUCUCUGAGUUGCACUGAGGAACAAAGGGAAGUCUCUCUCUGUGAUGGCAGUCCGUCACUCCGAGACGGAUACGCAUUCAAUAUCUGUUCCAUACCUAGUUAUUUUAAAGGACCUCAUCUUUAAAUCUGAUUUGAUCUAAUAUUUGUAGUGGAAAGUUAAUUAAAUCUCUCUUGGUAUAAGUAAAUUUUAUAUCCUUUUGCUAAAUAUUUGUAACCAGAUUUGGAAGCUUAUUUACUUUCAAACUACUUUAAAUACAACCAUAAUAUAUUAGCUGGACUUAAUCCUGAAUAACCAGGAGAGGAAGUCAGUGAACUCCAGCCAAGUAUUUUCCAAUGAACUUGUUUUGAAUUCAAGACCAUGAUUGUAACUGGUGUAUUGAUUCAUUCUCUUAUUAGAAACUGCAUCGAUUGGAGCAGGAUUGUUACGUGGUUUUAUAUGGUGAUCACGUCUUUGUGAAACACUACCUGAGGAUUCAGUUUUGCUGUAACCAUGCGCAACAGGGUUUCCUUAAGUCUGGCAGGGAAUCCCAUGUUCAGCAGAAACAGCACAUCAUGUCUGUCAAGUAGAUUUUCAUUUCUUGUCUCUCAUAGGGAGUGUCACUGACGAAACUUGUCAUGAUUAGUAUAGAUGAGCUGUUUGAUUUUUCUCUGGGGAGGGCAAACUAAUUGAGAAACCCAAGUCCAAACAAGAAAGUUUUUAGCAUAAAGUAAAGAUCCGCAACACUGCACCAAGUUCAAACUCAAAAAAAUGCAAACGCAAUCAAUGUAUGCAUUUGGAUAUUAAAACAUAAUGAUAAACCAUUUUUACAUUAGGUGAUAAGGGAAUGUGGUGAUUGCAUUACUAUAUACUUUUGGAGCUGAUUUAAUUUCCAUUAAAACUGUUAAAACCAUGUACACUCAGAAGUGAAUUUUUAAUAUUUGAUUUAUAACUGCGAAGGAAUUAGUUAUUAAGGAUCACAGGGUCAUUAUUUUUAUAUUAUGCCAUAUGUGAAGGGGGAUAGUAGGAUGGGGAGGCCAGUUAUAUCUGGCCAAAGGUACAAUAGCUGUUCACUCUCAGGGACUCCAAGGCUCCCUCUCCAUGUGAAAAUUGGGCCAAAUCCAAUACAGGGAUCUCGUCAUGAUGGCCAAAAAAAUCCUUCUGAAGAAUAUUUUUUAGCUAGACAUAUCUAACUAUAUAAUUUAACAUUUAUUAUUCCUCCUUGUCGAAUGCUUUGGAGAACUACAACUUAUUGAUUUUUAUAAGCACUUUAUCUGGUGAACGUUUAGUGUGUGCAGGCAUCUGAUUUAAAUCAAUCACCACCUUGUGAUGCAUGAACGGGUAUCCAUGGCAUGCUUAACAGAGCUGAUUUUGUGCAUCCAUGUGUCAUGUCUGUUUUGUACUCUCCUCCACCAUUUCUCCCUUUCCCAUUUGGACAUUUUGUAAUGCAGGUUCUAUCUGCAGAUACAAUUCUUUUCAGUGUGUAUCUUCUAAACUGAUCAGUGAAUAUUAUCAUUAUUUUAAAGAUGUUUUUACCUCGUCUAACUCUUGUAUUUGUUGUGGUCCCUAAUGUCAGCUACUGACGAGAAAUUACUGAACACAGUGUCAGACCUCGAAGUUGUUACUUGGGUCACAGGAGUAUAAUGGCUAUCCUAUUCUGUGGCAUUUUGUUUUAAUCUAAAUCAUUCUCCUGAAGAAAGUUAACAGCAAAGCUGUAGGCACUUUCCAUGCUUGGAAAUCACAUCCUAACGGCCAUUCCACCUGACUGAGUCCAGGUUGAAGUUAUACUUGAACGGUUUUUGUUUUGAGUUUAUUUAUAUUUCAUAUUCACAUGCGAUUUUUUUCCGAAGAAAGUCACCCGUGCACCCCCACAUGCCCAGCCCUGACCUCCACCCUCAGCACCAGCCCAGCUACGAGGAGACCUGAACUGUUUUUGUCUGCAAUCUGUUAAUAUAUGUUAGUCUAGGCCCUUCCAAUUAUGUAUGGCUGUGUGCUGGCCUAAGUGAAGCACAAUGACCUCUUGGUAAUUUUUACGUAGUUUUGCAAUUCUGGACCUGUAGCCCCCCAGCAGAGAUUGAAGCUAUCAUGGGCGCUCUUUUGUCAUCUAUUUUCAGUGCCACUGUUUCAGUCCUUCCUGCGCUUCUGGAGAGUUUAAGAUACAGCUAAUUCCUCUACCUUAAAGCUUGAGGAAUGGCAAAUGCAUCAAAGGUCCCCAUUCACUCUACUGAAGUACACCUUCUGUCAGCUGAUAGCAUUGUCAUUUGGUGAGGAUAGAAUUAAAAUGCACUGUGCUUGACGAGCCUUUCGUGGGGAAGUAACAGAGUGAAAAGAACAUGAAGUAUUUUCUGACGUGAUAUGUUUCCAUCUCCAUUACAACUCAAUAGAACAGCGGCGCUCUUCUGAUUUUUGCUGUCGUUUUAAAUGUAGAAAAACCUGUCUGCCUUUGGCACAAAGUUUUACAAGGGUAGAAGUGAUCAGGGGUAUAGGAAUAGAGCACAGUGUUGAAUGAGAACUAUGAGUAUUAACACUGCAGGGAGGUAGAAAUAAGGAAGCAAGAAACUGUAAGCAAUAGCACUUUCUAUCAAUUGUUUAACCAGAAGGAUCAAAUUUAAAUUAGAUAUGUGUAUGUAUAUAAGGAUGUAUAUCAGAUAAUAUGUAGCACUGUAUUGUUGAAUUGCACUGGAUGCAUCUGGAGGAAAUCAAUUUAUCCUGUCUGUUCUCUGACUCACUGAGAUGUAAUUUUAUCAGAUGUAGAGUAAUAUUUUUCAUUGUGAUUAUCCGAUACACCUCCAAUGUCAUUUUGAUCUUGCUAUGUUACAAUGAUGUAAAAAUCCUGUUUUAUAAGUGACAUAAUGAUUAAUUUUGCUAUUAAAAUGAUCUUUUUAUUCUGU